CUCUAUCUGCUCUAUAAAGGACCCUGUUACCAUGGAGGACCUGGUGAAACACCUGUCCAGGUGUCAACACCUGGGAUGGAUGAAUGUAAUUGAGUUGAAGAGCGCCUCCAUCCAUUGGCUGUCGUGUGGUCGGAAGGCGGAGCCUGACAUCUGGAGUAAAAUGUUCUGCAUCCUGUCAGAUUCACAGUUACUGAUGCUUGAUAACCUGGAGAUUCAUCCUCUUCUUCUGGCAGAGAGGGCGGAGACUUGUACUGUCUGGUUGCUAAGAUACACUCUCCAUGUGACCUCAGCACCUCCUUGCUCCACCCCCAAAGAUGUUCUGGAGAAGGGGGUGCGCCGACAGAGCAUGCCAAGUCGCUCUGCCAUGGACACGCCCACUGCCAGAGUGACGGGUUUUCUCUCUCGGAGGUUGAAGCAGUCUCUGCGUCGAACUCGAUCUCAAACCAAACUGUGUCGGCAGAGCAGCGUGAGGAGCGACGCCCUCAGUCCUACUGACACCAGGUGUGUGAUGCGGCGGCUGCGUUGUGGUAGCCAGGAGUCGUUGCUAAGCGCCGGCUGUGUGUCAUCUCUGGAGCUCAGGAUGGACCAGUCAGUGAUCAUCAAACCAGUUCACUCCUCCCUGCUGGGACAGGACUACUGCUUCGAGGUAACCACCACGACAGGCACCAAGUGUUUUUCGUGUCGCUCGGCAGCAGAGAGAGAUAAAUGGAUGGAGAACCUCCGACGAGCAGUUCACCCCAACAAAGACAACAGCAGGCGGCUGGAGAAUGUCCUGACAGUGUGGGUCAUCGAGGCCAAAGACCUGCCCGCCAAGAAGAGGUACUUCUGCGAGCUGUGUCUGGACGACAGUCUUUACGCUCGGACGUCUUGUAAACUGAAGACUGACAACAUAUUCUGGGGGGAACGUUUCGACUUCAGCAGUCUGCCCUCCAUCAGUGCUGUCACCCUCCACCUCUACAAAGACACAGACAGGAAGAGGAAGAAGGACAAGAGCAGCUAUGUCGGGUUGGUCAACAUCCCUGUUGCUAUGGUGACCAGUAGACAGCUGGUGGAGAAGUGGUACUCAGUGAGCACGCCGAGUACAAGUCGGGGGAAGUCGUCUGUGCCGACUGUGCGGAUCAAGGCUCGGUACCAGAGCAUCGUCAUCCUGCCCAUGGAGCAGUACAAAGAGUUUGCCGAGUACAUCAGCUCCAACUACCUGCUGCUCUGCAACACGCUGGAGGCCACCAUCAGCCUGAGAGCCAAGGAGGAGCUGGCUGCUGCGCUGGUCCACAUCCUGCACAGCACAGGGAAGGCAAAGGACUUCCUGACAGACCUGAUGAUGUCUGAGGUGGAUCGUUGCCGUGACAACGACCAGCUGAUCUUCAGAGAGAAUACGUUGGCUACAAAAAGCAUUGAGGAAUACCUGAAGCUGAUUGGACAGAAGUAUCUGCAGGAUGCCCUCGGUGAGUUCAUUAAAGCUCUGUACGAGUCUGAUGAGAACUGUGAGGUCGACCCUUCUCGCUGUUCGACCUCUGACCUUGCGGAGCAUCAGGCCAACCUGAGGAUGUGCUGUGAACUCGCCUUCUGCAAGAUCCUUGACUCGUACAGGGUCUUCCCCCGAGAGCUGAAGGAGGUGUUCGCAUCAUGGCGACAGGAGUGCGGUAACCGAGGACGACCAGACAUCAGCGAGCGUCUCAUCAGCGCCUCGUUGUUCCUGCGCUUCCUGUGUCCAGCUGUGAUGUCACCGUCGCUGUUCGACCUGAUGCAGGAAUAUCCUGACGAGCGCACAGCAAGGACAUUAACCCUUAUCGCCAAAGUCAUCCAGAACCUCGCCAACUUCAGCAAGUUCGGCACUAAAGAGGAGUACAUGCUGUUCAUGAACGACUUCGUGGAGCGGCAGUGGAGCAGCAUGCAGCGGUUCCUGCAGGAGAUCUCCAACCCGGACGGAUUGAACCACACCGCCGGCUUUGACGGAUACAUCGACCUGGGCAGAGAGCUGUCCAGUCUGCACACCCUGCUGACCGAGCUCGACCAGUCGUCUCUGUUGAAGCUAGGUCCUCUUCCUCGGAUCCUCAGAGAAGUGUCUGCAGCUUUGGCUAACCCCGGGGGUGUGGCUACUCCUGGGGGCAUGUCUGUUUCCACUCCAGAGCCUCAGCGAGUGGUGUCUCCGCCCCCACUUUCCCCUCCCCCUCUGUCUCCCCCCCUCUCCCCCCCCCUGGCCACCUGUAAUCCCUCCAUUGGCCUGCAGGGCAGCGUUGGACUGGACGGAGGUUUGGUGGACUUCACCAGACUUCCGUCUCCGACUCCAGAAAACAAAGACUUGUUUUUUGUCACCAAAGGAUCCAGCCUGCAGCCUGCAUCAGGCCUGCAGGGCUCUCCAGCUCCGAGCUCUUCCUACUCAGAGCCAAAUGAGAACGAGGCAGGAUUUGAAAUUACCAAUGGGGGCAGGAGGGAGGGGCCAGAGUUGACCAGUGAGAACCGCAGUCUGUCUCUGGUCGAUCUGCAGGACUGCUCCCCUAGCGACGGCCUCGACGACAGCCAAUGGCAGCGCAGAACGGGGCUCCUCCCCCUCUCCUUCCAGAACCCGGUGUAUCACAUGACCACCACGUCUCCUCGGCAACCACAGCAGCAGACAGACACCACGCCCUCAGACGGCUCAGUGGGGUCGCAGGGAAACGCAGAUGACAGGAUUGCCAUGGCAACCAAACCGGCGUUUCUUACCCAGAUGUCUGUGGGGCUGGGAGGAGGGGAGAGGACGUCGGCCAUGUCAAGCAGCAGCAGUGGAGAAGAAUACUCGAGACGAGCUCUGUCUCUGACUGAGACUCUGACAGGUAGCUCCGUCCCCUCUCGUCAGACCUCCUCAGGUCCUCAGAGACGCAUUGAUCAGCCCCCUCCCCCCAACUCUGCUCCCCCGGGACCUCCUCGAGGCCGGACGCCUCCCAGCAUGCUUGGCGGCGGCAGCAGCGGGGGCACGGCCUACCCUCCCCGCCCUGCCUCUGGCAGCAUGAUGUCAUCAAGCCCCGAUUGGCCGAGCAGUGGUCAGUCGCGGCUCAGACAGACGUCAUCGUCAUCUAAAGGAGACAGCCCCGAGAAACAACGGCCUGCUGCUAAGGCUCCCUCUCCUUGUGCAUUGGAUCGUACUGCAGCCUGGCUGCUCAACAUGAACUCCGCCUCCUCCUAUGGUGAGACGGAGGACGAUCGCCAUGACGACCCCCUCAUCGAGAAGUACCAGCAGGAGAUUGCGUUGCUGCAGGAGAAGCUGCGAGUGUCGUCUCUGCGUCAGGAGGAGUGUGAAGCUCGUCUGAUGGUUCAGGAUCAACAAAACCAACGAAUGCUGCAGGAGUACCAGGCUCGGCUGGAGGACACAGAGAGCAGACUGAGGAGACUGCAGGAUGACAAAGACCUGCAGAUGAACAGCAUCAUCAGCAGGUUGAUGGCGGUGGAGGAGGAGCUGAAGAAGGAUCACUCUGACAUGCAGGCUGUGGUCGAUUCCAAACAAAAGAUCAUAGAGGCACAGGAGAAGAGGAUAGCGAGUCUCGAUGCAGCGAACACUCGCCUGAUGGCGGCUCUGACACAACUGAAGGAGAGGUAUGCUGUGACAUCACAGAGGAACGGCCUGUCUCCUAGCAACACAUCGUCUCUGCAGAUCACAGAGAACGGAGAGUUCCGCAACUCUGGCAACUGCUAGGCAACCUGCUGCUGAGCUCUGAUUGGCCGUGACUCAUUGAGCGGGAGGGGCUGAACUGCUGGCAGCAAGAUGAAGUCAUCGACCAGGCUUUUUAAAAAAUCAACCAAUCACAGCCGUCGUAGUUUCCAUAGACCUGUCAAUCAACCCCCCUACAGCCACAGAUCUGACCUCUGACCAGACUCCGCCCAUGUUGCUAGGUUACCCCUCAGUUCCUGUUUUGUUUUGCAUGUUUUCUCUUUGAACAUCUUCCGAUGUCUGACAUCAUAUCCUGUUUCCUUUUGAUACUUCCUGUUAAGAGAUGGAAACUUCCACCAACAAAACUGAACACAUCAUCUGGAACAACCCCACCUGUGUAUGGCUCUGGUCCAAUCACACUGACUCUUUCCAUGUAUGGCUUCAGUCCUACUGGACCAACUUUGGCUGUAUAUGGCUCUUGUCUAAUUGGACUACACUCAUCCAUAUAUGGUUCUGUUUUAAUCUGAUAAACUGGAACAACUCCAGCUGUAUAUGGCUCUGGUGUGACUAAGCUCAGAACUGUUUAUCUGUUUUUAGGUUCUUUAUCUUCAGAUGGUGAUUUAAAGGAGCAGCCCAACAGUCAGAUCAGCUUCAUGUCUGUACAGAGACAGAUUAGCCUAGCUUAGCACAAAGACUGGAAGCAGAGGGAAACUGUUGAACUGUAGUUGACCCUCCAGACAGUUAGAGGUUAGUUUGUGUUGUUUCAGAGAAUUCUACUGAUUUUAGUGUAAACAUCAGAUUUAAUUGUAAAACAGUAAAAACUCUUUAAAUUGUGAUGAAUAGUUUGUGAACACACACACACAUCUGCUGUCCUGUAUAAACUCGGCUGUUCUCUACUGAACUCUACUGGACUCUAAGGUUCUUUGCUGGACUCUGUUAUACUGUAUUCAUGAGAAAUGUUUUGUUUGUUUCCUCUUGCUGUUAUUUAUCAACAUCAGUAUUUAUAAAGAGAUGCUCCAAUAAACUAUUACACUAUCCAA